AUGGAUUCGUCAAAAUUAAAGACAUAUUUAAUAGCUGGAAUAAGUGUGAUAUGUUUGGUGACAUUGUACAUGCUGACCAGCAAUACGAUACCCACACCCGUUAACAUUGCUGAUCAGCUAAAUCAACCUAGUGAUAUUAAUAAAUAUACCAGCAUAGACGAGAACAACAGUGAUGUGUUAUACCAAUCAUUUUCAAAACAUCAAAAUAUAUGUACAUCUGAUAGCUUUAAUGAAGGAAAGUGGAUACACCAAAGCGUUGGUUUAGAUUCUUAUACAGUUGACGGGAUCAACUCAUAUAGUGGCUACCAUUGCAAUUGGGAUUUCCCUCAUCGCUGUUAUAGACGAGACUCACCAGCCGAAUUUAAUAGAAGCAAAGCAAUCAUUGAUUAUAGCUGGCAACCGAAUGAUUGCAUGGUCUUCCCCUUCGAAGCAACAAAAUUUUCACGACAUUUAUCACAGAAUCCACUUCUCCUUGUAGGAGACUCCAUCACACAACUCAUGUUUGAGAGUCUCUGGUGUCUAUUAGGGCAAGAUAUGGUAUCACAAGAUAAAGAUACAGGAUUGUCAGGAGGCGAUACGACGAUGUGGAUCAGUCAAUUAGUGCAUAAGGAUAUCAAGGAAGCUGGAGAUAUUGCAACAGACAAACCACCUGAGGCGAGCAUAGCAUAUAUUCGAUCUGACUAUUUGGUGAAAUUGGAUGAUUUCAGCUUGAUUAAACCGAAUGAAGGUGAAGGAUAUCAGAUUGGUGUUGGUAAUAAUUUCCCUUGGGUUCAAGCGCUACCGCGUUUUAGAUAUAUAAUGAUCAACACAGGGCCGCAUUGGCAUCCUGACCUAAAGUGGGGUCCGAAUAGAAACAGAGCAGAACUUUUAACAGCUUUCAAAAAGGCCAUGAGAAAAGUAUAUAACUAUUUAAAGAAUCAUAUCCGCGAUGAUCAAAUAGUUUGGGUUCGCAGCACUCCUUACGGACAUGCCAACUGUUCACAGUACACAGCCCCCAGCGAUCAUAUUAUCAAACCUAUGGGCAGAAAAAAGGAAUAUGAAUGGGAUAUGUUUGAGAGUUUUGAUUUUGCAUGGAAAGAGAUGAUUGAGAAGGAGAAUGACCCACGAUUCCAAUUUUUUAAUGUUACGCUAUCAAAUUAUCGAGGCGAUGCUCACUCUUCUCCUGAUAAUGAUUGCCUCCAUACUUGCUUACCCGGUCCCGUGGAUGACUGGAAUAAGUUACUUUUUCAUGAAGUAACAAAGCUAGUUGUCGAAAAGUAUGAGAACUCAUAG